GGCCCCGACCAUGAAGGUCCAGCUGCUGGUCUCCACGGGAAUCCUGCUGGUGGCCCUCCUGCCCUGCCAGGAGUGCAGAGCUCUCAGCAAGAGCCCGGUGGCCGCCCGCGGGGCUCUGCAGCAGCCAGACUUCUUCCAGCAGCAGCAGCAGCCGCAGCAGCAAACUCUGCCCGUCCUGCUCCGCAUGGGAGAAGAGUACUUCCUGCGCCUGGGCAGCCUCAGCAAGAGACCCGCGGGCUCCUCGUCCGCCUCUUCCAGCGGCACCAGCCGCCUACCGCCCGAAGCCGCCGCCGCCGCCAACUUUUUCCGAGCAGCGGUGCAACAGCUGCAGCAGCUGCCCGAGCGCUCGCUGGGGAGCCCCGAGGAGGGCGAAGCCGAGGGAGAGGCCGUGGAGAGGGAGAAGCGCUCCGAGGAGCCCCCGAUCUCUCUGGAUCUGACUUUCCACCUCCUGCGAGAAGUCUUGGAGAUGGCCCGCGCCGAGCAGCUGGCGCAGCAAGCCCACAGCAACAGGAAACUGAUGGAGAUAAUCGGGAAGUGAAAGGGCCCCUCCCCGCCUUGCCAAAGAGAUUCCGCAGUUAGCACAAGAAUAAUUACACAGUCCGAUGUACCAUAGUGCUGCUCUGAUGUCAUCUCUUUAUUUUUAUAUAGCUUUAAACCUAGAAGGGUGUACUCCGAACAGCCUCUGUCCCUUGACUAGCAUGCACAACCGUGUACCAAGUGCAGAAACACGAGUGUCGUUUGUAACCUCCCCGACCUUUAUUUAUUUCUCCAUUUCCCAGUUAUUCUAGUGACAUCGCUACGUAGGGAUGUGUGAGCACUGGAAAAAUUGUUGCCAAGAAGACAGAUAACUUUUCUGGUGGGGGCAGGGAGGUGGGAGGGGGAAUCUCUGUAAGCUACUUUAAAUCCACUUUCUCCUGUAAACAUUUUCACAAUAAAACAUCUUUUCAGCGCUCGGUCAAUUUUGUUGUGUAAGAGAAUGUUUAAUAUUUAUAUUUUUAAUAAAAGCUGCAAAGUA